CGCCGCCGCCGCCGCCGCCACCCGUCGUCGGCCUGAUCGCUCGCCCCCCUCGAUGGAUCCCGCGGGCGCCGCCUCACCCUCCCCCGAUAGACCCCUCGCGCACGCCCUCGCCGCGACAUGCACCUGUCGCCGCCGCCCGCCGAUGACACCCCACCGGCGCCUGACCGCCCGGAGCCGACACCCUCGGCGCCGGCCGGCACCACAUCGCCUCCCGUGAGGAAGGCCACCUUCGACCUUUUCCAAGAUGAAGCCGACGACCUGCCGGAGCACCCGGGCUCGGCGGCGGCCGUGGAGGUCCGCCCCGCGUCGGCCCUGCCGGCCGCCCUGCACCACCCCCCGGUCAACCCCUCGCCGCGGGUGUCCAGCUUCCUGACCGUCUCCGAUGAGGAUGACUAUGAGGACCACUACUACGAUGGGCACGGCCACUACGGCGGCCCGGAGGAUGACGACGAGGAGGACCUCCCGCCGGAGGAGGCCGACCUGCCGGAUGCCGGGCCGCCGCACCCGGUCAGCCGCUAUGGCGGCGGGCCGCUGGCCCCGGGCUCCCGGCGGGGCUCCCUGUCCCGGGCGGCCGGCGGCAUCGCCUCGGCCCACGGGUCCGGCUCCUCGUCGCCCUUUGCCCACGGGGGCCACUACCUGCCCCGGCACGGGGAUCCCACCGGCGCCGGGCUGGCCGACUACUCCGACGACCCGAGCCUGCCGGAUUACGACCAGCUGUCCUUCGCGGCGGCGGCGGCGGCCACGGCCUCGGCCGCCGGGACCCCGGGCGCCCUGUCGUACUUGCCCUUCCGCCGGGAGUCCUCGGCCUCGUUCGUGUCGACCGGCGGGUCGGCCGCCCCCCCGGGCGCGUACCCCCACUGCCCGUCCUCCUCCUCGACAUCCUCCCUGGCCAGUGGCCCGGGGCCGGGCGGGCCGCCGGGCGCCGGGACCCCGGUCCCCGGCAUCGGGCCAUCCACUGGCCCCGGGGCCCCGAGCCCCGCGGCGUCGGUCUCCUCGCACUACUCCCUGUCGGAGUAUGCCCCGCCGGCGGCGCUCGGCGGCCUGGGGUACUUGCCCCCGGCCGGGGAGUCCCCCUCCGGCGAGGGCUUCCACCCGCACCACCAUCCGCACGCGCACCAUCACCUGGGCCCCGCCGGGGCCGGGGCCGGGACCUUCGGCCCGGUUCACCACCGGCCCGGGGGCUUCCGGUCGAUCUCCAAUUCGCCCUGCUCGUCGACCGCCCCGUCGCCGGUGGGCCGCGGUGGCGGGACCCCCGGCCCCGGGCGUGUCCCGGCCGGCAUUGUCCCCUUCUCGGCGACGGUCAGUGCGUCCAGCUCGCCGGUCCCGGCGCACGGGCCGCUGUCCUCCUUCUCGGGGGGCGACCUCCCGGGGAUGGCCGGCAUGGGGCCCGGCCCCGGGGUCGCCGGCGUCACGCCCACCGCCACACCAGCGGCCGUGGCCAGCUCUUCACACUCGUCGCUGGUGGCCGGGCCCCGGGCCGGGGGGGCCGAGCGUGCCCCCGGCGCCGGCGGCACCGGCGGCCCCGGCGGGCCCCAGCACAAGACCAGCUCCUCGGCCGUCGGGGCCCGAUACGCCGAGUCGCCGGUCGGCGGCCUGAUGACGAUGAUGGGGGCCACGGUUGGCCGGUCGUCCUCCUCGGCCGGCGGGGUGGGCAGUCGGUCGGCCGCCCAGGCCGCGGCCCAUGCGGCUGCUGUCCACGCCGGGGCGUCGGGGCCCCACGCCACCGCGGCCAUGGCCAAUGCCAUGGCCGCGGGCGCCGCCCUGGCGGCCACCAUCCACGACGAUGGCGGCGGCGGCGGCGGCGGCGGCCGCUCGACCUCCGGGGGCGGUGCGCUGCCGCCCGGGCGCGCGGCCGAUGACCUCCCCCACCCGCACCCGCACCCGCACUCGCGCCCCUACCCGUAUGCGUACUCCCGGCCGGAGCGCCCGCUCUCGGCCCAUGUCCAGGGCAGUGCCCUGAGCCUGGCGCACAUGCACCUGUCCGGGGCCCUGGGGUCGGCCGGUGCCGGCGGCUCGUCCCGGAGCUCCUCCCUCUCGUCGGACUUCCCCAUCGACGGGCCGGGGCUCUACAGUGUCGGGGACGAUGGCCAGCUGAUCCCCAUCCUGCCGGCUGCCCUGGACGCGGGGCUCCCCUCCGGGGCCGGGGCCGCCAUCACCCAGGCCAGUUCCAAUUCGCUGAUCGAGGCCGGCCUGGGGCCCGGCGGCCCGGAGGACGACCCGUCGGCCAGGCAUGCGGGCUCGGGCCCCGGCCACGGGGCCCUGGCCGAGGCCGGCACCUCCCCGGGUGCCGGUCCCGGCGGCCAGAGCGGCGCCGGCCGGGCCCCGGGCCCCUUGAUCGGGGCCACCCUCCUGCCGGCCGGGGCCAGCCCCCCCUCCUCGCCGGUGCUGUCCAGCUACAUCGCCGUGGCCUCGACCAAGGUGUCCAUCCCCAUCCAGUCGUGCUCGUCCAUCGCCGGCCCGGAGAGCCACUCGUCCAUGUGGUCCUCGGCCUCCUCGUCGUCGCUGCCCUCGGCGGCGGCGGCGGCGGCGGCGGCGGCGGGUGCCGGCGGUGUCUACGUCCCCGGCGGCCCGUAUUUCGCCGACGCCUUCGGGUACCCGGCCCGCGGGCCCGGGUCCCUGGCCAAGCCCAAGAUGAUUGACUCUUUCAUUUUGGGCGAGGUCAUUGGCGAGGGGGCCUCCGGCAAGGUGCGCGAGGGCAUCUGCUCGUACACCCUGCGCCGGGUGGCGGUCAAGAUCAUCAAGCAGGCCCGGCUCCGGCGCAUGCCGCAGGGCGAGGCGCAGCUCCACCGCGAGCUGGCCCUCCUCCGACGGGUGACCCACCCGAACAUCAUCUCCCUCUACUCGGUGUCCUACAACCCCCACAAGGAGAAGACCUACUUCAUUUUCGAGUAUUGCCACACCAACCUGCAGAGCCUGCUGCAGCGCGCCCCCGAGGGCCGGAUCCCCGUGUCCCAGGCGUCGCGCUACUUCCACCAGCUCAUGGACGGUCUGGCGUACCUCCACGGGCGUGGGAUCAUCCACCGCGACAUCAAGCCCGGUAACUUGCUCCUCUCCUUCUGGGACUGUUUGAAGAUCUCAGACUUCGGCAUCGCCCAGCUGGUGGAUCUCUACUCGCCCGAGGACACAUGCACAUCGAAUGUCGGCUCGCCGGCCUUCCAGUCCCCGGAGCUCGCCAGUGGCCAGGAGUUCUUCUCCGGCUCCAAGGACCCCGAGAUCCCGGUCAGCGCGGCAUCCAUCAUCAGCCCUACCGGCUCGGGCGAGCCCUUCCACUCGAACCUCCUGUCUUUCCUUCAGAAUCUCUACUCCCACGAGGAGCCGAUCGGGGCCCUGCGCGGCCCGGCAGCCGGGCCCUUCCAGUCGUACUUCGCCGGGCCAGUUCCAUGCGCGCCCCGGUGGGAGGCGGCCACCGCCGGCGGCCCGGCCGGCGCAUCGCACAGCCUCGUGUACCCCGGCAUCACGCCGGAUGACGGCCCGGGCGGCAUUUUCCCCGAGUACCUGUCCCUGGGCAUUUCCUUCCCGGCCCUCUGCCCGGGGGCCGUCCUUCCGCGAUCCCUGUGCCAUGAUGUCCCUUGUCUGGGGAAUGGCGGAUGCUCGUCGGCAGGGAUGCCGGGCUGCGGCCCGGCUGGCGGCUCGGCCGGGUCCCUCCUCUACCGGUAUCCUUCAUCCUCGACGCCGGAGCACUUCUACUCGCCAUUCCCCUCGGCCGGGCACUCGCCCGCCCCCGGCGGCUCUUUGCAUGCGGUCGGCCCCGGCGGCGACCCGGCCAGUGACAAGCCCCGCAGCCAGUCGCUCGGGGCUCAUGGCGGGUCGGCCGGCUGGCUGUCGCACUCGACCAGCGGCGGAGGGUCCGGCAGCAUUGGCCCCUGCGCCGGGUCGGACUUCCUGGACUCCGGCCUCGAGGGGGAUUUCGCGCAUUCCGCCGCACACGGGCACCAUGGCCACCCCCACCAUCACCACCAUCAGCAUCAGCCCCACCACCACCACGCGUCGUACUCCCCCUCGCUGGCGCCGUCCUCGGCGUCCGGAUCGUCGGCGGCAUCGCCACCGCGCGAGGCAUCUGGCUUCUUUAGCCGGCUCCUCCGGCGCCUGGGCGUCGGUGCCGGGGCCCCGGCCAACACCGGCGCCGGGGGCGCCCCCCCCGGCAGCCCUCCCCAACGGACGUCGCCCGACCCCGCAGCCUCCCCCGGGGCCGAUGCCGACCCGGGGCCCACCUCCUCGCCCAGUCGCGGCAAGAGCCGGCGCCUGUCCUCGCGCUCCCGGCGCAACAGCGCCCAGCGCAAGGGCCAGCCCGCCGCCUCGCCGGGCGCCUCGCCGCAGCUCAACCCCAGCCCCACCACCCCGGGCCCCGGGCCCGUCGCCAGCCCCACCACCACGCCGGUCAUCACGUCGGAUAUCUAUGCCAGCCCGGCGAUCCACCCGGUGGCCGGCGAGCCGGCCGGGGCCGGGACUUUCUGA